AGCGCUCGCUCUGCAGCAGAGCCUGGCUGAUGGAGUCGUUGAAAGAUGUUGUCGACUUCCUAUAGAUAAUAACAUCGGAAAAUUACUUUACCGCUGGUGCUCUGCUGCCACGUAUGAAAAAAAAAUCAGAUAAGUAACCCGUACGAUUACCAAAAUGUUGGCCGAAGCUUUUAUCUGUAGACUUGCCUACGGGGACGCGGUAUGUAAAGAGAAAAAACUGAAUCGGGAAAACAACAACACAGAGACGACCGCUGGGUCGGUGGAAGGUCAGCCGAAGAACGGGUCUGCAGGUUUAGCAGAUAGAGAUGGCUUGAAUGUCUUCCGGGCGAGGGAUCAAACACUGAGGCCUGGACAAAGCCAACAUGGAGACCAGCGUAGCCUGUACUAUGGAAAAGAAUCCUCGCAAGCUUUGUACAUCCCCCAAAAAGACCGGAUCGGCGGAAAACAGCUGGACCUGUAUACGUCAUGGUCAAGCAUGUAUGCGAGUAUAUUCAAAGAAUAUCCAGACAUGCACAUCGCAGGCCACCAUAUUCUCAAUAAAAAGGACUCCGGGUGCGUGUUGGACCUCGAUAGCGAACUCCAAGAUGGCCCAAUCUUGCUUUCCGUAGACAUUCCAACAAACAGUCCCCCUACUGAGAUUCCGGAUAAACCCGCCAAACCGAACAACGAGGACAAACGAGACCGGAGCAUCACAAUCCCCAAAGCCCCCUUCUCAAACUCUGCUCUCAACGACUACAUGGAGAAGCAGAUGCAGGAACUCUACGAGCAAUUUAUUGAGGAGCAUCAAGCCGUUGAUGGUUCUCCUAACCCCAUGCUUUUUUCUAGCAGCCUCAUGAACAGUUUAAACCAGAUCAGUACUUAUAUAUCGCAGGAGCAGAACGUGGAACGUCGCAAGGCGAGGCAGGCCAUCCUAAACUGCUUAAGGAGCGCCGCGAGUGGGGCGAGCUCCGAAUUCGUCACCCCGGUUCUGCAUAUCUCCAGUGAACCCGGACUGAAAAAGAACCCGGACGCCCGGUCAAAAUACUCGGCUGUGUUAGGGGGUAUUGCGUUGCUCAAAUAAUGAAGUUCCAAAAGAAUGUCACAAUACUUUAUAAUUAAGAUAACUGACUGCAGAUAACAGCCAUUUAGCCCCCUCUAGUCUUCCCGCUUUUCUGCCUGAAGUUAGACCUCGAACAUUACCUGUUUCAGGAUCCCUUAUGUUUGCUAAUUUCCUGAUCGCGUCGGCUCAGUUUAUUACAUUUUACCACAUCUGCCGGGAGUUCGUUCCAAGUAAAGCUUCCUUUCAUUAUGUCUAAGCCUAGAGUUCAUGGAAUUUCAUGUAUAGCCUCUUGUUCUAAUGAUUGGCCACCUUUCCAGUCUUCUUUGCGUUAUAAUAGAGGGGGUAUAUAUCAUUAAUGUUAAUAACAUAACUUGUUAUUAUGUUGUGUCUGUAUGCUUUGCAGAUAAUAAAUGCUUU